AUUUGUGUUAGUUUUUAUAUUAUUUUAGUUCUAAAUUUGAAGAUUGUGAUCUUGAAAUAUUAAAAUAUUAAUUAAAUUAUUUGAUAUUAUUUUUUCGUCGCUCAAAAUAGACGUCACACUGCGGAAGCGGGUAUACCCGCUGAAACGCCGUCUAUUUUGAGCGACUUUCAAGCCCGGCAAAGCCAAUGGAGAAACAUGCUGCGGGCUGUCCCGGAGCGGAAAGCUACGUGGAGAUCUUUGCUAGUGACGUAGACCAACAAAUGCGAAUGACAUGAUUUCUGGCCUCCCAGGUGAACGAUGUCUGCAACUCGGGAACGAUCGAGGUGGCAGAGGUGGGGUGGGGGGCACCCAGGACAGGGCAGAGCUAGGGCACCGGAGAAGAGGAAGAGGAAGAGAAAGAGAGAGAGAGAGAGAGAGAGAGAGUGGAUGAGAUCAGAAGCAGCACACCCCAACUGGAAAUGCCCGUCAGGUCCGAGUCUGUCAGCUCGCCUGCCAAUCAGAGCCUUCGUUAAGAGCGGCGUGGGCGCCAGACUGGGAGAAGGAUGGCUACCAUGCCAUUUGUCAGUGAGGGGAAGUGUGUAAGCGUGGAAUGGGAUUUCCUGCAAGGACUUCUGGCCAAGCCUCCUACCCUGCCCUGUCUGCAGAACUUGCGCAAAGAGAAGUCGCGCAAUGCAGCCCGGUCAAGACGCGGGAAGGAGAACUUUGAGUUCUUCGAGCUGGCCAAGAUGCUGCCCCUCCCCGGCGCUAUCACCAGCCAGCUGGACAAGGCCUCCGUCAUCCGGCUGACCAUCAGCUACCUGCACAUGCGCGCUUUCGCCAGUCAGGGGGACCCGCCCUGGAGCCCCCUGCUGGAGGGAGACAGUAACUGUAGCAAAGUGAGACGGUCCUCACAUUCGCUGGCCACUGACAUCUUCGAACAGCACCUGGGGGCGCAUCUCCUGCAGUCUUUGGACGGCUUCGUGUUCGUGGUCAGCCAGGAGGGACGCUUUCUUUACAUCUCAGAGACAGUUUCUAUCUACCUGGGACUUUCGCAGGUGGAGCUCACAGGCAGCAGCGUGUUCGACUACAUCCACCCGGCCGACCACGUGGAGAUGGCCGAGCGGCUGGGGAUCAGGCCGCACCUGCGGGCCGAGGCCGGCUGCCAAGUUGGCCCCGAGAGCGCCCCCUCCAGUUCGGCCUCUGCCUCCUCCCUGGCCGGCACACCCGAGCCCAGCGCAGCGCCAUCCAGUCCUCACUCUCCCGCUGAUGAACCUCCCGACCGCGGCUUCUUCAUUCGCAUGAAGUCCACGCUCACGAAAAGAGGUCUGCACGUCAAAUCCUCCGGGUACAAGGUGAUCCAUGUGACGGGGAGAAUCCGCUACCGGCUCACGAUCGUUCCGGGCGCGGCCCGCUCUGUGCCCCGGCCCAUGGGGAUGGUGGCCCUGGCUCACACGCUGCCCCCGUCCACGCUCAACGAGGUCCGCAUGGAGAGCCACAUGUUUGUCUUCCGGGUCAACAUGGACUUGCAAGUCACAUAUUGCGAAAACAGGAUUUCCGACUAUAUGGACCUGACGCCAGCGGAGGUGGUGGGACGUACCUGUUACCAUUUUAUUUACGUGGAGGAUCUGGAGAACCUGCGGCAGAGCCAUGAAGACUUGCUUCGGAAAGGCCAGGUGGUGACGGGCUACUACCGCUGGCUUCAGAAGAGAGGCGGCUACCUGUGGAUCCAGUCCACCGCCACCGUGUCCAUCAACCACAAAGCUCCUCACGAGCGCAACGUCAUCUGGGUCAACUGCGUCCUCAGUCGAACGGAGCUGCCCGACACGCCUCUGGAUCUGCUGCAGCUGCCGGAGAGCGUCCGAGCCGAGCGCCUUCGAGUGAGCUCCCCUCCCGCGAACGGUUCCCCGCAGGCCAGAGGCUCGCAGCCAACAAAAAGCUCAGCAGGGAAGAAUGACCCUGACACGAAAGCCCGAGAGAAAUUCGCCACGGCCACCGUCCAGCCAGAGAACAGGAGGAAGCGCCCGCUGAGGUCCGAGCCCGAGGGCGCCCCCCCUGAGAGCCGCCGCCGUAUGGAGGAGCUGCGGCACGCCGAGGAGAGCGUGUCGCCCUCCUCCGAUCUGGCCAGCGAAAGCGAGGGAGACGAGGAGGAAGAGGAAGAGGAGGAGGAGGAGGAGGACGCCGAGUGGGAGCAGGGCGGGGACGGCGAGAAAUUGAAACAAGAAGACGGCGGAGGGAAGCCGAGCAGAGGGGCGCACGCCCCAACGAGAGGUGAGAGGGGGGGGCGGGUGCACAACGGGCGGGCUGUGAUCCAGCAGCUGAAGAGUGUGGUGACCCCGUCCCCCUGCAUUAAGACUGAACACGAGGCCCUGGCCACCGGGGGGCGCUGGGGCUCGCAUAGCAGCCAGCCCCAACCCUCUCACGCGCACACCCCCUCCAGCAGCCUCAACGGCGACAGUCCCAACACCCCCAUACUCGACUCCUCCUCCAGCAGCGAAGCCCCCCCAAAGGCCCUCUUCACCCCUCCCUCCCCUGCCUUGUCCCCCGUCAUGCCCGUGUCCUCCCCCCUUCCCCGGGAGGAGAGAGCCGUGCCGGGGACGGUCAGCAGGGGCGGCGCACCCGGCGGAGGACCCGACUUGGAGCUCCUCCAGAGACUGGCCGCAGGGGGCGCGGCGGGGCGGGUCCUCUUCCAUCCCCUCGCCCUGGGCCCCCAGGGACCCCAGAGCCUAUACGCCCCCAGCACCAUCCGCUACGCUCCCCCCGAGCUGCCCCCCUCGCACCAUCACGGCGUCACACACGGGGACGGCCUGCAGCUGCGCUCGGACCACCACAAGGGCCCCCCGCCGGCCUUCUUCCCCCACCUCCAGCGCCUGGCCGGCCUGCCACCCUUCAGUGGCUUCUCCCCGUCGGACAGCCCCUUCUCCUCCGGCCUGCCCUUCUGUAUGAACGGACUGCGCGGGGCCGCCGGCUCUGAGGAGGACUGAAAUAAUGAAGAAGACGUUCAAAAGCGCACAAGCGUCCGGACACGAAGCCACGGAGGACGUCGCUAAUUGGACCGUGUUAAAAGCGUGACAAGACAUUUAUUUCGGCGCCGUUCGGGUUGACAGCGACUCUCGGAAUCUAAAAAAAAACAAAAAGAAAAAACACACAAAAAAAGUGACCACUUUUGAUGGGAGCUCCCACGAGACUUUUAAGAAAAAAUAAUGAACUGCGCCUCUAUCGCCAGACCACUUCUGUGUUUCUUCCACCCAGAGAAGCCAUAUUGUACAUAGUGACAACAACCAUGAUGACCCUCAGCUCACAUAGCGACCCCACCUCACCCUCAACUUUCACCCCAAUUAACACAAUUAACCCCCUCCCUUGUAGAAAAAAAGAAACGGACACUUGUAAGAGUGGAUUUUUAUUAUUGCAGUAUAUAUAAAUAACCUUUUUGGGUGACUUUGAUUCAAGGGGUUACUUUGCAAUACAUUUUUGUAUUGAAAUUCAAAAACACAUUUAUUCAUAUUAAUUGAAAGCACACUGUUGGGGAUACAAAUAUAAGUAUUAAUCAUAGGAAUAUGCCCAGACAUUCCAUCAAGUAUAAGGGAGGAAAUGCAAUUAAAACAAAAUGCUUUUUUUUCCCCUCUUGAAAUGAACUUGAGGAUGAAUAAUUCUACUGUCAAUUCAACGUCAUCCUGUCUGUGUAUGGAAGCCAUAUUUGUGUUUAUUUGCAUUGUUUCUACAUAAAGGCAAUGAAAGGAUGACAAUUUUAGUGAUUGCACAAUAAGAAUAUCUUUUUUGUCAUCAUUUUAAAAGGCAGGAAAAGUUAGCUUUUUUUUUGGGAGCACUUAACUGACAUUUGUAACUCGAAGCACUUCACACAGCUUAAUGUCGUCCUGUUAAAACAGGAAAUAACGCAAGAGCAGUCGCCAUAUCGGAGCCGCCGCGCUGGGGAAUAAAUAGUCGUUAAUGAAGUAACGGAGGAGAAAAACGGGUCAUAAAAUGACAGCCAUUCAAGUCACGGUUGGGUCAGGAGAUGCUUUCGGUGUCCGUUGCCCCAUCGGUGUGGUGGCAUUUCACUCAAGACUUUACAACAAAAAAAAGGAAAUUUGAAGUCAUUUUCACUGAUGUUUUUAUGGGAGAAAAAAUUACCCAGAAAAGGUACUAAACUGUGAAAAAAACGUGGUGGGAUUUACUCUUCGCCUAGUAUAAAUACUACAAUAAAAUUGAAGCCUAUUUGAAUUCUUUAGCACUUUUCACUGGCAUUCGUUUUAUCUGCUGUGUCAGAAAAAUGUCACUUGUGUACAUUUUUUUGUUUUGUUUUUCUUCCCCAAAUCUCAUUUGUGGUGUCUGUAAAAUAUACAAAUUCCCAAGACGUUAACAAUGUCUUACAUACUGCACUUGUCACAUGAGCGAGCACACAAAUUCUGGAAUUGUGUGUGUGUGUGUGUGGUGUGUGUGUGUGUGUGUGUGUGUGUGGGUGUGUGUGUGGGUGUGUGUGCGUGUGCGUGCACGCUUGUUGUUUUUAGUUGAAUUAAAAUAGCUAACCCUUUGCCUAUCACUGUGAAUCUAACGUUAUCCUCGCAUCCUUGUGAAUACUGC